AUGCCUCAUCACCACCACCUCCACCAUCGCCAUGCCGAUCCGGUGAUCGAGUUCCCCGUCGAAGGGAACGCAUUCCCUUCCGAUCUCUUCCCACUCCCAGUCCCUACUCCCACAGAAUUCGGCCUUCCGUCUCUAAUCGCCCGAGCCGACUCGACUUCCACUGGCUCUUCAGGUGAAAAAUCAACAAGUAAUUUGGAAACGACGGUCUUGCCUGUAGUACUCGGUGCUGGUGUUCCUGUUUUGUGUGCCAUUGUGAUUUUGAUUGUUCUUCACCGAAGACAUGUAAAGAAAUUGAUGCGUGAGGAUGCCGAUGAUAAGCAUAGAUCUCUGGAUUUCGGUUUAGAUCCGGUGAAUACCACGCGGCGGAAGCAGCACCCUGGAAUGCCUCAAAUGGUGGAGCCUACCCAUACUAAAGGACUAUCUCUUGAUGUGCACCCAUAUCUGGUGCCUCCUGGUCUUCAUGGCUCUCGAGACUCCUUGCACUCCAUCUCCCGAUCAAUCGACGAUGACAAGUACCGCCCGGCGACAUUUAUUCCACAGGACAAUAUGUCUAUCCGCUCAUAUCCAAGAACUCGAGAUGAUGCAUCUAGUGUGGCAGGAUCAACCCGCUUUGGUCAAUCCGAAGAGCCCAACUCUGGACUUCUGCGAAAUGCUUCAAGGAUGUCUCGCUCAUCGCCUCCUCGUCACCACAGCCCUAUCGAAGCGCCAGAGCCAACUCAUCAUCCUCUUGCUCAACAAGAGACACACCGUGAUUAUCUCGGGCCUCUUCCUGGGUUGCCUUCUACUUCUUUCUCUGAACAUGAUGAGCAAAGGCACGACGCGGCUAUGGGUGUUGCUGCCCACGAACGAGCUGCUUCGCCUCAAGAGCCGCAACAUCAUAUUGAAAUGCCGGAACCCCAGUUUAACUUCAGCUCAUCACCGGAUCUCCAUUUCGAUUCUCCAUCACACUCUCACAGCAAUGACGCGGAGCUGCAUGACAUAGAUCAUCUCAAUUUCCCACUGCCGAACGCAGUGUCAUCUCACCAUGAGUCUGAGGUCGCUCAAACUUCCACAAUGCAGCUUCCUCGCAUCUCUCUUCCAGCUUCCGAUAUCACAUCAAGUGACUACGGCGAUGACCACCGCAAGUCCGAGUUUACGAUCCCAGAAGUGAAUGUUCACAACGCCGAGGAGGCAGACCAUCACCAAGAAAAGCUACCAGAACUACCAGAGGAGCCUCCAGCUCUAGAAAAGCCAUAUGAUAGCCACCGCGACACCCGCCGAUUGACUCUCGGUGUUCGCCCUCUGCCCCCCGAGGACCCAGCAGACAACCCCGAGCAGCGCGCCAACCGUAUCCGUUCUUUCUAUAAGGAAUACUUCGACGAAAGCAAGCGUGAAACUACCUAUUAUGAAGAUUAUGGCCCUGAGUUCUACGAGGGCGGCGGCGGUGGUUACGCCUAUGACCCCGCCACCGGAGAAUACUUCGAUGCUGCUCCUCCUCCGAUGCCAUUUGCUGAGCCCAUGGGCCGCCGUGCUAUGACGCCUCCUCCUCGAGCUCCUCCCCGCUUCCAAGGAGCUGCCCGUCAUAUGGCGACCAACUCCGCUGGGUUCAGCGGCUACGGUGGUCCAGGUCCCCGUGCCUUCUCCUCGGCGUCCAAUGGCCCCCGUCGGCCAAUGCCUCCCCCUGCACCACUUCAAGUUCUCCCAACUCCUCACAUGUUGAAGGAUGACUCGUUCUUGAUGGCGGCGGAGUUUGCCCCCGGCAAGAACUUCCGUGAUCAACAAUCUGGUCGUCCUGAGACGCCUACUGGCGGCUCUCGACCUUACAGUCCUGCGAUCCGCGCUCACACGCCUUUGAUGUCGUCAUUCGAUGAUCUUGCCGUCAUCCCUAGCGCUCAUGCUCUGCGUAAAUCCGGGACAUACACCAGUCUGGACUUUGCUCCACCACCACGGUUUAAGAACCAAGACUCUGGCAGCGAUGCGGGUAGUAUCCGCAGCAAUCGCACCGGUAUCAAUAACACCCAUAUGAAUAAUAUCCGCAUGGGUAACUAUCGGGUCAGCCGCCUGCCAGGGGAUAUGGUUGGUACAAAGGACGACAUGAUGUCUAGUUUGCGUCCGGCUUGGGACAUGAAGCGAUAG